AUGGCGACUGGCUCAGUUCCGGACUAUGACUAUGCCUCAAGCUCGGCCUCGCCCUUCGCUGGAGGCUAUUCCUCCACAGCAGAGCCCUUUGCGACUGAAGCCUCGGGGAUGUUUGGCGGAGGAUCUUCAGACUCGACGGCUUCAUUGGGGGGUGCCUCGAGUGGCUCCGUCUCCCUGGGAGGAGGGUCCUCAAGCUCCAUGGGAUCGCACCUCUCUGGAGGCGCCUCCUCAACGGCCUCGCACUUAGCGAGCGGAGCCUCGGGGAUGUUUGGCGGAGGAUCUUCAGACUCGACGGCCUCAUUGGGAGGUGCCUCGAGUGGCUCCGUCUCCUUGGGAGGAGGGUCCUCAAGCUCCAUGGGAUCGCACCUCUCUGGAGGCGCCUCCUCAACGGCCUCGCACUUAGCGAGCGGAGCCUCGGGGAUGUUUGGCGGAGGAUCUUCAGACUCGACGGCUUCAUUGGGAGGUGCCUCGAGUGGCUCCGUCUCCUUGGGAGGAGGGUCCUCAAGCUCUUUGGGAUCGCACCUCUCUGGAGGCGCCUCCUCAAGGGCCUCGCACUUAGCGAGCGGAGCCUCGGGGAUGUUUGGCGGAGGAUCUUCAGACUCGACGGCUUCAUUGGGAGGUGCCUCGAGUGGCUCCGUCUCCUUGGGAGGAGGGUCCUCAAGCUCCAUGGGAUCGCACCUCUCUGGAGGCGCCUCCUCAAGGGCCUCGCACUUAGCGAGCGGAGCCUCGGGGAUGUUUGGCGGAGGAUCUUCAGACUCGACGGCUUCAUUGGGAGGUGCCUCGAGUGGCUCCGUCUCCUUGGGAGGAGGGUCCUCAAGCUCUUUGGGAUCGCACCUCUCUGGAGGCGCCUCCUCAAGGGCCUCGCACUUAGCGAGCGGAGCCUCGGGGAUGUUUGGCGGAGGAUCUUCAGACUCGACGGCUUCAUUGGGAGGUGCCUCGAGUGGCUCCGUCUCCUUGGGAGGAGGGUCCUCAAGCUCCAUGGGAUCGCACCUCUCUGGAGGCGCCUCCUCAAGGGCCUCGCACUUAGCGAGCGGAGCCUCGGGGAUGUUUGGCGGAGGAUCUUCAGACUCGACGGCUUCAUUGGGAGGUGCCUCGAGUGGCUCCGUCUCAUUGGGAGGAGGGUCCUCAAGCUCCAUGGGAUCGCACCUCUCUGGUCUUCAACCCACAGGGUCGAUUGCAUCGGCAUCUGACAUGCCCGACUCUCCGGCCUUCUCAAAUGCCGGCAAGUGCAGAGGACGCGAAGAGGAGUGGGCCGUCUGCGAUGACCUCCCAGGUUGUGCCGCAUCCUGCACGCCACAGGACUGCAUCUUCGGUGCAUGGAUGGACUGGUUUCCGCUCGGUGGAUGCACAGGCUUGUGCCAGCGGAAGCGUAUGAAAGCGCAGACCAACAACGAGUGUGGACAGCCCUGUAGUGGAUCACUUCUGCAAACAAUUAGCAGGAGAGAGUGCUAUCCCAAUUACGACGAGUGCGUCUUGGAGAAUCGCGACUGCCAAUGGACUGCCUGGAGUUCCUGGUCUAGCUCCUGCUUCAGUGUGCAUGGCGCAUCGUUGCGCCAAAACCAGCGCUAUCGAACUCGUCAUGUGCAAGUGCAAGCUCUUCACAACGGCGAGCAGUGUUCUGGACCCUACAAUCAGACGGAGCCCUGUGUGGCGGAGAGCUACGAAGCCCAAGACUGUAGAUUGACCCAGUGGCAAGAAUGGACACAGUGCAGCCGGAGCUGCGAUGGGGGCUGGCAGGCACGCUUGCGCCGGGUACGGCAGUUCGCCGCCAAUGGCGGUGCCACUUGCGACAUGCAGACCCUUCGCGAGCAGCAGCAGUGCAACCUCGAGCCCUGCGGCAGUCAAAGCUGUGUCCUCAGUGAAUGGGGGGCGUGGCAAGGUUGCGACAUCUUGUCACCGGCACAGGAAUAUCGAAGCCGUGUCCUCCUUCAGCCAGCUUCGCGGUCGGUGCCCUGCAACCAGAUCCUGCGGGAGACUCGUGGCUGCCCGAUGAAUGAUCAGGAGCCGCAGGAAUGCAUUCUGGCCGGUUGGUCGGAGUGGUCGCAAUGCAGUGCAAGUUGUGCUGGUCAGUCCCAAAGGACGCGCCAGCUGCCCUCUGACCAGACGAGUUGCUUUAUGGCAGUUCCAGAAGGCCAGACGGUUCAUGAAGUGCGUGCCUGUGGAGUCCAACAGUGUGAGCAGGAAACCUGCACGCUGUCCUCCUGGACCACUUGGUCGCAGUGUAGCCAGCCGUGUGGUGAUGGGAUCCAUUCGCGAAGCCGCGAGGUGGUCUCGACGUCAUACCACUCGGUCUGCAGUGAAGCGCUGGAGGAGGUAAGGCCUUGCCAUAUCCAAGAGUGCAUUGCGGUGGACUGCGUAUGGGCCGACUGGGAUCACUGGAGUGCCUGCAGCUGCACCUGCGGGGGCGGUACCAAGCGACGGAAUCGAGUCAUUCAGCAAUCGCCUCGGCAUGGAGGCAAGCUCUGCGAGCCCAAGGACAAGGGUGAGAUCGCGCCGUGUGCAACGCAAACCUGCGACGUUUGCGUGGACGGCAGGUGGAGCGAGUGGGGGUCCUGGUCUGCCUGCUCUGCGACCUGUGCAUCCUCCUACAAGGCUCGCCAUCGCAGUGUGGAUCGUCACCCCAACUUCUGCGGCAAACCAGCCCUGGGCCUUGAAGACCAGUACGAGGUCUGUACAGGACAGCCGAAUUGCAUCCCAGACAGAGACUGUGUGAUCUCUGAGUGGAAUGCGUGGACGGGAUGCAGUUGUAAAUGCUUCGGUGUGCGAGAGCGCCACCGUCGGGUGGAACAGUACGCUUCUGGCAACGGCCGUCCCUGCUCGGAGACAUCGCUAAAGGCUGUGGAGCCAUGUGCUCCGGGCCCCGGGGAGGCGGUGCCAGCCGACUGCCGGCCCGACCCAGCCAGGAGAUGCCAGAUUGGAGACUGGGAGGAAUGGCAGAUUUGCUCACACAGCUGUGGUUCAGGCGAGCGAAAGCGAUCGCGGUCCAUCCUGAUUCCAGCAGCCGACAACGGGCCACCGUGUGACGAUGAAACGGAGGAGGUGGAGCCCUGCAACACGCAGGCUUGCCAUAUGACUUGCAUUGACUGCCUUUGGAGCGAGUGGUCCAUGUGGAGCGACUGUUCGCACUGCGGGCACCAGAGGUAUCGACACCGUGGGGUCAUGAGGCAAGCGAACCAUUGCGGCCGGAAAUGCGAUGCCCAGGCUGCAAAAGAAGUGGGCUACUGUAAAAGUGCAUGCCUGGAGCAUUAUUGUACCUGGAGCACUUGGCAGGAAAUGGGAGGCUGUUCUGCGCAGUGCGGGCCGUCCACAAGGCUUCUGCAACGACACCUGGUCCUCACCACGACAGAACCCCAGUUCGAGGUCGCUCGCAUCGGUGAUCGUGGAGGGCUCUGCCGAGAUGCCCGGGGCGAGAGCUACAGCGGGUGCCCGGUUCAGGCGAUUUCUGAGGAGGAGUGCCGAAAUGUGCUCCACACUUUACAAGAUGUGAAUGGAGUCCAGGGCGCCAUGUUCGACGACAGCCGUGUCGUGAAGUUCGGAGCUCGCCGUUGCUUCGUCCUCGUGGAUCCGAACAUUGAGAUCUGGAAGCAGGACGUGCCAGGCGGAUGGCUGGACACUCCCUGCAUCGCGGGCACAGGUCGAGGACCGAUUGCAAGUGCCGGCUCAGAUGGAGCCGACAAGUGGAUGUGCCUUUCUUUAGAAAACAGGCCACUGGCUAAAGGCGACGAGUCCAUGCCCUGCUCUGGUGAGCAGUUCUACCAGUCGACAUGCGACAGCAGUACGAAGUGCCGAGUGGAGUGCUCACCGGUGGACUGCGUUCUGACCGAGUGGAGUGCGUGGUCAGAGCCAACCUGCACAGAGCUUUGCGAGCGCACCCGGACUGUGGCAAGAUCAAACGAGUGUGGAGGGACUCCUUGCGCUGGACUGCUCGUCGAAACGAAGAGGUGUUGGAAGAACUGCACGGAGCCGGUCGACUGCCUCAUGGGUGACUGGGGCCUUUGGGAGCCUUCGGAGUGUCUGGCCUCCUCUGACCAGAGACAAAGGGAGCGUGCGGUUGUCAGAGCAGCCACAAACGGAGGGGAGCCGUGUACGGGCAUGAUUCGCGAGACGAUGGGGUGCUCGGAAGUGGGAGAUGCCGUGGCUGACUGUGAGCUCUCGGCUUACGGCGAAUGGUCGGUUUGCACCACAUCUUGCGGAAGUGGACUUCGCACCAGGUCCCGGAGCAUCGAGGUCCAGGCAAGUGGAGGUGGCCAGCCCUGCCAGGGCCCGCUGGCACUGCUGGAGCCAUGCAACCUGGGCCCCUGCCCUUGCCAAGUGACGGAUGCCGCUUUUUCUCAAUGGGAAGAGUGGAGCAGUUGCAAUGCCGGCAUGCACAUCAGGAAGCGGAAGGUGCAACAGCAAGCUUCCUGUGGUGGAGAUCCUGCUCUAGGUUCGUUGGCUGAGAUCCGAAACUGCGGUGGAACGAUUGAUUGCGAGGUGUCUCCCUGGGCUUCCUGGGACGAGUGUGACAAGAGUUGUGGAGGUGGCCAGCAGGAGCGGAACCGCCAGGUGACCCAGAACCCUCAAAACGGUGGAAAGCCGUGCCUUAAAGACUUGGUGGAGACGCAGGGCUGCAACGAAAUUCCUUGUCAAACUACAAGCUGCGAAGUUUCAGACUGGUCCGCAUGGGGCGAGUGCAGCAACAGUUGCGGCAGCGGCGUCCAUGAACGGACCCGAACUUUCACACAUUUGGCACAGGAGGGCGGCUCUGGCUGCGACAUGCCGAUGGCAGAAAUCAAGCCUUGCAGCGACGAGUUCGGAACCCUCGAGGCGCGUCGUUUGGAACUGUGUCCUAUGUCCGACUGCGGCUGUGUGUGGCGUGACUGGUCGGAGUGGAGUGCUUGCACGUGCGAGUGUGGUGGAGGUCAGAAGACCCGAAAUCGGCACAUUGCGCGUGCUCCGCAGCCUGGCUGCACGCCGUGCGAACCGUUUGACAAACAGCAGAUCGAGCCAUGCAACACCCAGAAAUGCGAGGAAGACGAGUGUGUGGAUGCCCUGUGGUCCCCGUGGCAGGACUGGGAGCCGUGCUCCAUCUCCUGCAGAGGUGGGAUCACGUGGCGCUCGCGUAAGAUCGUCCGAAAUGCCAACGAUUGCGGCCGGCCCGUUUCCGGCGCCUCUCAGCAGCAUGCCAGCUGCAACGAAGGUGUGCCUUGCAAGCCCAGUGUGGACUGUCAGUUUGCUGAAUGGUUGGCUUGGAGUGCCUGCACGCAGGAGUGCGAUGGUGUUAAGCGAAGGUCUCGCCAGAUCGCUGUACAAGGAGCAGGAGAUGGAGCAUACUGCCUGGGCCCGACGCACCAGACUUAUCCCUGCUCCACAGACAAGGGGCUUCUGGAGUUCAAUAGCCCGGCUCUGUACCUGCAUUUGGACAACCUUGAGUCCAAGAACGUCCAGCCGGGCCAGGCAGAGCUGAAAUUCACGGGCGUCACCAAAAUGCCAGGAGACGGCGGAGACUAUGUGAAUCUGGUAGUCACAGCGCUUAGCCGAUCCGAGCAGUUGAGUGAUGAAUCGACGGGCUUGUAUGGGCAUUCUGGCCGCAUUGGUUUUGAAGCCGGCUCCGAAAUUGAGGUGACGUUCAUCUUGAUGAGGCAGCAAGACCAGCGAGAGGUCCAAGCCAAGAUGCUGAUGAUCAAAUUCUUUGACGUCGCAGAUGGUGCCGUAUUGGAGGCUCCGGAAGGCAACGAAGCCUUCUUGAGCUACGAAUCUGUGCUGUCAUCGGACACAACGGGGGAUGGCACGCUGGUGGUCACAUCCCAGAUGCCUGGAGUGAAGCCACCAAAGGACCCAAUGAGUGCAAGCCCUCAACAAGAGAUGCAUGCAGCUGCCAUUAUGUGGAAGGGCACCAGCCGUGCCAGUGUCAAAUUCAAGACACCACCUGGCUUCAGCAAUAGUCUCGUCUUUGCAGCCAAAGCUUGCUGGAGGGGCGACUGCUUGGUUAGCGCAUGCGGACGUGGAGAGGAUGCGGUCGAUUGCGUCAUGGAACCCUGGGAGUCGUGGGCACCUUGCUCCGUCAGUUGUGGCCGCGGGCAGCGAGUGCGGACGCGGAAAGUGAGGACCAUGAAUUCGCACGGCGGCCGCCCAUGUCACGUUGACUUGUCUGCAACAGAAGGCUGCGAGAUGAACUCCUGCGCGGAGGCAUGCGAGCCGCAAGACUGCAGAUGGUCGGAGUGGUCUGAUUGGGGCGCUUGCGACAAAUGUGGAGGGCAGAUGAAGCGAUUCCGGAAUGUCAUAAGACCGUCCCAGUGUGGUGGCAGUGGCUGCUCGGCAGAGGGGGCAGAGGAAACAGCUAGCUGCCCGAGAAAAUGUCACGAAUUGAGCUAUUGCACUUGGGGCGACUGGAGGCCCUACGGCGAGUGCACCGCGACCUGUGGUAACGGCAUCAAGAAGCGCACCCGGAUGCUGAAGAUCGUGGAUGAGCCGGUGCAGUCGAUCAUCGGGGAGAACAUCCUGGGUGCAGACGACCUUGAGCGCAAGCUUGUGGAACUGACGGAGCGCGCAGGGCAGCUACAGGCAUCACGCUCGCGACAGCUGGCUGCAUGCUUUGCAGCCGGUUUCUUGGGGCUUCUCGCUUGCGUCUCCUUCGGCCGCCGCAGCGCUUUCUUCGCCGGGCACGACGGGCCCCGCUACCAUCUGGCAGCCGAGACUGAGUCUGAUUGA